UCCAACUGUAGUUUCCGCAUUAGCUCCAGAGGCAACAAACCCAGUGUAGGUGAAAUAUGAACCACUGACAUGGGUUUUUAAAGAGCUUAUUUGUAUUAAUGGAAACUUAAAUACUUUCGACGUUCACUCCGAAGCAGGGAAUAACCGUCUAAAGUCGUGACGGAGGUUUCUACAUUGAGCAGCGAUGAGCGGUGGUCCUGCAUCGGUCCAGAUGGACGAGGUCAGGAUCAGAUCCCAGUCCCUCCUCUCCGCCUCAGGUGUGGCCCAGGAUGUGAAGGCGGAGGUCCAAACCAUGGCCACCAUCGCCCUGCCUCUGUCAGAGAAGUACCGUCACAUCGGAGUGGAGGCCAUCUUGAAGGAGAACACAGCCUGCCGCAACAAACAGGAGGUUCUGGAGUCCUUGAGUAGACUGAUCAAGGCCUUCAGUAUCCUGGAGAAGUACGGCUGUAAUCUGACCAGUCCUGCUAGGCCCAAAUACUGGAGGAGCGUCAAGCACAACAACCCUGUCUUCAGAACCACUGUGGAUGCCGUUAAAGGAGGCCGGAGAAUCUUGUUUCUCUACGGUUACACCAACCAGCAGAUCGACGGCCUCAGUUUCCCAGAUGAAGUCGAUGGACCAGACAGGGCUAAAGUUGCUUCGGUGACGCUGGAGGUCAUGACCUUACGCACAGAGGUGGACAUGGUCAUAAAGGGCACACAUCCUCACAUAGAACACUUCAAAGAUAUCAUCCCAUUCAUCAUCCAGCAGGAUCAUCUGGUGAAUGAUGCUGUGGUGAUCCCGCCUGCAGAGGAUCAGCAGGUUCUGGGUCUUCCUCUCAAACCCACUCAAGUCCUCGUAGCACAACCUCCGACACCAUCAACAGGUGAGCAGCCACCACCACAUAUCCUACAAGUCUAACUUUUUUCAUUUUUCAGAACGACAAAAACAUACGAUCUCUUUUACAAGGGAGACCUGCCGCACAUUGGUUACACACGUAACAGAAAACAAAAAGGACACAUACGACAUAAUGACAGGGGUACAA